AUGCUGGAGAUGAGCUUCGAAGCCGAGAACAAGCUGGAGCCGGAGAAGAAGAGUGAGCUGGCGAAGAAGCUGGGGCUUCAGCCCCGGCAGGUGGCAAUCUGGUUCCAGAACCGCCGAGCCCGGUACAAGACCAAGCAGCUGGAGCGGGACUUCGACCGCCUCAAGUCCUCCUACGAUUCCCUCCUCGCCGACCACGACUCCCUCCUGAAUGACAACCUCCUCCUCCGGUCACAGGUAAAUAGAUGAUCUCCACAGUUCCUCGUCGCCUGGCCUAAAGUAAAUCUGCCCUGAAAAUAUUGGGUAUUCGAAAGUGACUUAGAACUCGAUGAUCAUUUCAUUAAACCCGGAAAAUCUUGAUAGAAGAGGGUGUGGGUGAUCUGCCCCUGCCAUGAUUGCAAAAUCCUUGGAUUUUACACCGCCGGCGAGCGAGGGGAGAGGAUAAGGUCGACGGUGGUAACUGGGAAAGUGACGGCGACCGGUAACUUCCACUGCGGAAGCUAUCUUCCUCUCGUCCUCUUCUCUACAGACUGUAAAAACGGCAGCGGUGGGAUGGUUGGUCUUCUCUGACGAUUAUUCUUUCUCUCAGAUUCUCUCCCUAACGGAGAAGCUCCAGGCCAAGGGCUCGCCGACGGCGGAGACGGUGGCGGGGAGCAACUCUGACGGAGAGCCCAAGCCAGUGGUGGCCGAACCCGCGAAGGCGGAGGACCAGCUGAGCACGGGGACCGUGGUGGACCAGGAGGGCCCCCAUCAUCUGGUGGACUCCGGCGACUCCGAGCUCCCCGAGGACGCCGGCAGCUACGACGGCGGCUGCGGCGUCGUCCAGUCGGAGAUGGAAGAAGGUAGCGACGUCGAAGGCAGCAGAGUCUUUUACUUCUCCGGUGGCGUGCCGGAGGACCAGGAGCUGCUCUGGAACACGAUGCACUGCUGGGAAUGGACCUAA